AUGGAGGGAGAGAGAGGAGGAGGAGGAGGAGGGGGAGUUCCCAGUUAUGAGCUACAGGUGUCGUUCUCCACGCCGCCGGUACAAGCUGCUGCUGCUGCCAUACACGAAAUGGGUUUUGUGCAGUUCGAUGAUCAAAGCCAAGUCCUCAGCUUCUUAGCCCCCCCGCCCCCCUCCCACUCUAAUCAUCAUCAUCAUCAUCAUCCUCAUCAAAUAUCUCCGCCGCCCCUCAACGGUACCGCCUCCGCUACCGCCCACACUGACGCUGCGGCCACCCACUUGGGGUUUGCUCACCAUCAUGAUCUUAAUAACGACCUCGUUACUUCCAGGCCAUCUUCUUGGAAUAAUGAUCCUCAACAGGUAAUGGGGACGAUGGAUCCAAAGGGCGUUAAUGACGAGAACUGCGCUGCCAAUGCUAACGUCGACGGAAGCAACUCCUCCUCAUGGUGGAGGAGCUCAACAUCAACAAAUGGGGGAGAGAAGAGCAAUAAUAAUAAUAAGGUGAAGGUGAGGAGGAAGCUGAGGGAGCCAAGGUUCUGUUUCCAAACGAGGAGCGAUGUGGAUGUGCUGGACGAUGGUUACAAAUGGCGCAAAUAUGGGCAGAAGGUCGUCAAGAACAGCCUCCAUCCUAGAAGUUAUUAUCGUUGUACCCAUAACAAUUGCCGAGUGAAGAAGAGAGUUGAGCGCUUGUCUGAGGAUUGUCGAAUGGUGAUAACAACCUACGAAGGCAGACACAAUCAUUCUCCCUGUGAUGACUCAAACUCAUCAGAACAUGAAUGCUUUACUUCAUUCUAA